AUGUCUGUUGAAACUGCUUUGUCUUACGCUGCUUUGAUCUUGGCUGAUGCUGAUAUCGAAGUCUCUUCUGAAAAGUUGUUGGCUUUGACUGAAGCUGCCAACGUCCCAGUUGAAGGUAUCUGGGCUGAUAUCUUUGCUAAGGCUUUGGCUAAGCAAAACAUCAAGGACUUGUUGGUCAAGUUCGAAGCUGGUGCUGGUGGUGCUGCUCCAGUUGCUACUGGUGGUGCUGCUGCCGGUGCCGAAGAAGCUGCUGCUGAAGAAAAGGAAGAAGAAGCCAAGGAAGAAUCCGAUGAUGACAUGGGUUUCGGUUUGUUCGAUUAA